AUGGCCGGUCCAGUCUUGUCGGGUUCAACAGACUCUUAUUUCUGGACACAUCUGGUCAUGCAGUUCAGCCACUUCGAGCCUACUGUCCGCCACGCCGUUUUGUCGAUUAGUUCGCUCUACGAGGAAUUCGCUAGGGGUUCGAGGAUUACGCGCCAGAUAUGCGGUAGCACGUUUGCAAUUGGUCACUACAACGCUGCUAUUCAACAGGUCAAGUCGUUGGGUGACGAGCAGCUGAUUCUGUUGCUUUGCGUCCUCUUUAUCUGCAUUGAGUAUCUGCAGGGAGAUAUUUAUUCCGCUCUCCAGCACUGUAGGCACGGCAUCAUGAUUCUAAACGACUCCGGUUGUCCAGGUUGGGCGCGACACCACCUUGUCCCCAUAUUUCGUCGCUUAAGCCUUAUACCGUUCUUCUUCGGCGGUAUGCAGUCCAUGCGCCUACCGAAACUCAUUGGCCUUGAUGAGGCUGUGCCUCAAGAGUUUACUAAUAUUGCAGAGGCUCAGUCCUUCAUUGACAACCUCAUGUUUCGAGCGAUGGAGUGUAUUCUGGACGGGUAUGAUAACCAGAGGCCUACUCUUAUCGCACUAUUGGAUGAGUGGGAGUUGAAAGCCAGGAACCUGGAGCAUAUCAUUCCUGCUUCCUCCGCCACAAAAAAGUAUGCUUUCUACGGUAUGCAGAUCAAGCAUAGAGUCACGAGCAUAUACAUUCACAAACCACACAAGGCGACAGAGAUGUGGUACGAUCAGCAUCUGGACGACUUCCGAAACAUCGUAGAUUUGGCAAGAAAAGCUGCAGCUGCAUGGAACAUUGCUCAACAAGAACACGUCCCAGACAGUAGCUUCACUUUCGAGAUGGGUCUAUUACCCCUGACUUUCUUCGCUGUCAUGAAAUGCCGGAAUCUCAAGAUCCGUACCGAAGCUUUGUCAUUGGUACCGAGACUCGGUCCAGCUAAAGAGGGCCUUUUCGACGUAGGCACUCUAUAUAGAGUUGGCAGACGUCAGAUCGAACUCGAACACGACAUCUUGUUAGACGACAGCAAAAUGAGUUUCAAACAGGCAGAUGAAACUUUACCUCCGGAAGAACAACGUUUCUUCACUGUACAAGUCAAGCAGGAGUUAGAAGUCAUAUCUGAUCCGGAUGGUCGCAUUUGUUACAAGAGACAGGUUCAUUUCUUGAGAAGAGACCAUGGCGGUGGGGUAUUCGCGAGGGAAGAAUACAUCAAUGACGACAAACCUAAAGGGUGCAAUCUACAUAUUCCGCCAAUGCGAAGCGCGUUGCGAAUGUAG